UGUAGAUCUGGAAAAAGAUAAAACAUCACAAGACUGCUUAGAGAGAGGUAUGGAACAAGCAGCAAAGAGGUUAGGAAUGGCCCAUGAAGAGAUCCAAAGGCUCACCGGUGAGCUACAAGUGAAGGAGAAAGAACAGCAUAAAUUAGAUUCUGCGCUUGAGAAGGCUCAACUAGAAAUUGAGAAAUUAAAAGAAAGUUUGAUUAGACUGAAAGAAAAUGAUUCAGUUGACCUACAGAAAGCAAAGGAACAUAAUCAGAGACUGAAUGAGGAAAUUCUGGCUUUAAGAAAUCGGGUUCGAUCACUUGACUCAGAAAAAAAAGUGCUUGGAGGAAUGGUUGAAAGACUUAAAGGAGAGAUGUGUGAAACUCAAGAGAAUAAGCAACUUGGGAGACACUCCCCAGAAAUAAGUGUGGGUGCCGAACGGAGAGUACAGAGUGACAAUGAAGUCUAGAGCAAACUGAUCGGAGCAUAGGAGAGGUGUGAUCGCCCUGACAAGUUGUCUGCCUCAAGAG